UUAUGCAGGGCUUCCUUGGAAUUAACAAAAAUUGUCAAACUUAGCCACAAACACUGUACAGGUUUUUUUUUUACUAUAGAACCUGCUGAAGUAUUCCAUUUAAUGUAAUCGUAAUAAGGAAAGCCGUUAAGUCGUAAAGAUUUGCAAGUUGACAUCCUUUUCAAAAUAGACUCUUCCACAACUUAAUUCACGGCAGAUUUUACCGGGCGAGUGAUGGCACGGCUCGAGCUAGCGGUAGCUAGCACAGUAGCGGCGUGAUCGUCAGCAGCUCAACUGCUCUGUGGGCAUGUCCGGACCAGCAGGAGGCGGUUAUCCUUGGAGCUGUCGACGUAAUGAAGUUACUAACAUUGCGAGGCUUUCAUCAACAAACGUGACGAGUGCUUGUAGUGACGUGCUUUUAUUAUCAGGACCUGUAUUUUCCAGUCAGAAACAGCUGUUCACCGGUAGCACUAGCAGGAACCUGGGAACGGACCGGUCAGUCCGUGUACGGUGAUCAGAGAGGAAGCUUCGCUCGUAAUAAAUUUCUCGCUUGUGGACUGGUUUGUAGUCGGUGUAGGCCUACUACGCGUGGAUGACAUGCUCUCCAAAAACGUAAAACUCGAUCUUCACGAGGCAGCUUUUUCGGGGAAUGUGGGAUUGCUUCGAUUACUUCUUGAUCAAGGAGAGGAUCCUGACGGGAGAAGCCUGCAUGGCCAGACCGCCUUGCACAGGGCGUCGAUGAAUGGUAACUUGGACUGUGCCAGGAUUCUGAUCAGCUACGGCGCACAGACGCACAUGCAGGACCAAGCAGGUUGCACUCCGUUGCACUAUGCGGCUGGCAAUGGCCACUUGGUGCUCGUCAAAUGGUUCAUCCAUGAGGUGGACGUCAACCUGACCCCAAAGAGUAACAAGGAACGGACACCCAGGAUGCUUGCCAAGAGAAAUGGACACAGCAAAGUGGCACACUUCCUGGCUGAAAUGGAAAACAAACAGUCUGGCUUUUCAUGGCUUGGAAGCCCUUGAUGGCAGCAUUGAACAUCAAAGUGACCAUACAUUAAAAAAGACACCACUGCCAAGGAAAUUGUUACAGUGUAUAUACUCGGAACCAAAUUGCAGUUGACAUUGGACAGCACGUCUAUACUUCUACAUCCGCAUGCCUCUGCCACGGUUUUGUAUUUUGCGAGAGCACAGAUAUGUCUGCCAUCGGAUGUUGUUCUUGACUGAGGAGAAGAUGGACACUCUCAAAGAAUUCAGAUGGGUCUUGAAAUUUCCUCCUAUUUUGACAAGAUAGAGUAUGUGGGCUAGGGUGUCUUGUCCUGUCAACUGAAGGCUGCUCACCUGCUUACUAUCACAGGCUCAUCACAUGACAUUCACAUAUUACCUACCUGUACACGUACAUUUCAAAUUCCCAUGUAUGUGUACAUUGUAUGCAUUACAACUUGGGUACAAAAUUGUUUCGAAAGGUGUUUGUCACGGGUGUUUUUUUGGCAUUUGUUGUCAAAAACAGCUUGACCCUUCUUUGGCAGUGCAAACGCAGUGUAAGAGGGAUCAGAACCAGUGUCUAGAUCGAGCACAGGCAUUCUAAGACAACACCAGUUGUGCCAUCUGUGUCUUACGCAUUUUUGACCCAGUAAAGUUACAAAUCUGUCAAAAAUUAAACCACAAGAACUGUUGACCGAUUAAUGGCAUAGACGAUGGUUUGAAGCAACCCCUGGUCAUGGUGCACUGUUGGCAUGCAAUCACUACUAGAGCUACGGUACAGAAAUUACAAUGCUAGGAAGAGGAAGAGAUUUAUUGUCUCUGUGAGGUAAUAGGAAUCAUAAAUCGUCUACUCCUUGCUUUGUGGAUGUCUGAAUAGCAUAUUCAUAAGCUCAGCAGUUGUUAAUUGAAAUUCAUCCUUUGAUAGGAAAGUAGUUAUAUGUAUUACCAUCUGAGGAACUGGCUUCCUACGAUAAGUAAGCUUCAGGGGCAAUUUUAUUUUGAAGACAAAUUUACCUAAUGCAGAUGGAGAAGAAUUAAUUAAUCACCAGCCAGUGCAAGGCAUCAGACAAUAAAAGUUUUAUGAGGGGAUUACAUGUUGCAGUUUAUGGUUUACUGAUAAGUUUUGGACUCACGAUGGGAGAGAUAAUGACAGGUGCAUAACAGGGGGAAAGAUAAGAUUGAGGAAAUAGGUUUUGGGCAGAACAGUUACGUUGAGAAAAUGUUGUAGCAGUUAAAAAGGAUUUUAACUCAAAUGGAUAUGGUCAGUAUGCUGGGGGUAGAGGUUGUAUAUGUACAUGUACACGUAUGUUUGUGUAAAUGUAUCGGACUGUCUGCUGUGCAUGCAUGCACAUCUCACCAGUAUCUCUCCAACUCAAAAUUGAGUGUUAUUUACAAUGGAUUGUGCACGAUUGGUAGGUCACGCAUGAUUAAUACUCCCAUGCCUGGUUUGCACUUACAUGUGUUAGUAAUUUUGAAUGGAAGUUCCUAUUGAUAUUAAUUUGUCCUUCACUGCUGGAGAGCCUGGUCUGAUCACCUCCCUCCUUGUUUACUCUGCGAGCUCAGCGGAGACUGUUUUGUAAUUAUCAGAAAAGCCGCUCUCCACCUCUGGGAAAAUUACUUUAUACACAUGCAACCCAAGGGAAGGCAGUAGUGACAUUUGGCUUCAGGACGCCCGUACCGGUAGGUCUGGGCCCAGCCUCUGCAUUGUUGCCACUGUGCAGAAAUCCAACACAAUGCAGAGGGGCAUUUGUGACAUGGUCCAUGUCCGUGAAACUUGAAUCAAUUCAGAAGGGAAUAUUCUGGAUAAAAGAUUUUUUUAAGGUUGCCUUAUUGUUUCCAUUUCAAUAAGAUAGAGCUUCAUUUGCCUUCUUGACCAACAGAUGACAUGCCUUAUAAUAUUAAAUAUAUUCAUGUGUAGUAAUUCAAUUUUUAUUCAUAAGAAGGACGGUGCCUACCUGUGGAAACCCAGUGUAAAAUCAUUCUUAAAAGUUUACUCAAAGGAUAAAUUGUCUGUGAUCUGUUCUUCUGCUAAGUCUUUAUACAUUUGAUGUUUUGUUUUGUUUUGCUUUUCUCCAUUGAACUGAAUGUUCUUGUAAAUGAUGUUAAGGUUACUGCAGUUCUGUUGACUUCAGCCCAGAUCCUUACAAUUAUGUAUAGGUUUGUCCAUCCCUGCUAGAUUGUGAAGGGCUUCCUUUCAAUUUUGCUCUCCAUUGGUGUUAAGAUAACAUUCCAUUUCAACAUUUUCAAGUGCUGUUCCAAUUAGGAGUCAUUACCACAGACAUAUAAAUGCAUAGGCCACCAGAUCGCAAUCUACUACAUGAAUAUUUCAUGAUCUGCACAGCGCCAGACUAAAAUCAAAACUAUGGGCAAAUUCACCCCUUGAUAUGGGGAAUUUACGCACAGUUGAAGAAUUCCAGCCUUACAAUUCUAUGAAGCCAUUUUUCAAUUAUGAAAAAAUCCGCUGUUUACUUAAUCUGGCUUAUGUACAUUCAAAACACUGCAGUUGAAACACUUGAAAAGAAGAGCAGGACUGAAGAGCAAAUCAGUGAACGUAUUUUGGGAGCAUAUGUAAACAAAUGCAGGCAAUAUAAGUGCGUUGCGCGUGACGCGUUUUGAACGUGCUGUCAUCCAUCACUCUACCCGUUGUUUGCCCAUACUUUUCAAAGUCAAGGUUAUAUGCGCGCGACUGACAGUCUAUGUCUUAUAUGUCUGUGGUCAUUAGACACGCAUCACUAGUGCGUUUGCUCCAGCCUGUAUCGUCAUUACAAUUUAGACAAAUCUUUAAAAGUGUUGGCAACGUAAUUUAAUGUGUCUCCGAGAAUUUACCACUGUAGGUAGUGUGUACACUAUGAGUGAUCCCCCUCCCCCGUCGCUGCACUCUACUGCAGUCAGUCAGCCACUGUACUUUGGAGUCACUGUAUGCUCAGCAGAGUGGAAAUAAAUAUCCAGUCUGCCAAUUAUCAGAACGACAGCGCACGUUAUCCACGGUAGAGAGAUGUUGCUGAUUUUACAUAGGAAAAUGCGUACAUGUAUGCACAACUACAGGGCUCAGUUGUCGUGUGAGCAAGUGAUUUUGCAGGACUUUGGUAUUGUAUGUAGAUUUCUAGAGUGCUACCUUCUGCUGGUAGUCUUUUUUCCUCAAUUUUUUGUUGUUAAGGAGAUAUGGUUUGAGACAUGAAGUACAUUUGUGAUUUACAUUUUUUAUUGGGGGAAGGUGGAAAUAUUACGAAAUUAUGGCAACCACUUGUUUGCAUGGGGGAUGUUGUUGAUUGGAAGUAAUUUCAUGGAGCAGCUAAGCGCAACAUUUUACUCGGCAAAGAAAGAUUUGCGUAGCAUAAACUGGCCCAAAAGUGAUAGGAUUUUUAUUGCUUCUGGCUGGUUCUCUCCUGUUUGGGUUAGCACAAUAAGCCAGUUGUAUUUUCUACUCAAAGCAAAAUGAAAUUGAGUCCAGGAUGGAGUUGAUUUGGAGGAUUUUCUGUGGAUAAAUACCCAAAAUAGAAAAAAAUGAACUGUAAACCGUGUGCACACGUCACAGUGAAUAGAAAUCAAAAGGGAGAUGUAUACAGUUAAAAAAGAAAUGGGUAGUGGGGUCUGCAGAAAUUUGACUUUCUUUUUCUGAUUUAUGCCCCUUGACAUUUUGCUCCCUUUAUCCAAGCAGUUUUUUUUUAAAAAGUCAUGCUCGUUCACUUGAAAUGAACACUGUACAUCAUCACCAUCCAUUGCGUUUAAUGCCUUGUGCAUUUAGAAGCCAUUUGUGAAAUGAAUCAUGGACAAUACAACCAUCUCAAAGCACCCAACUGGUGUGACUCUGCAAUGAGCCAGCACCGCCAGCAAAUAAAUAAGAGGAUAUCAUCAAACACGUCUUCAAUCAUCAAUCCUGCAUCGUUCUGAUGAGAGAGUAAUGGAUGGUGCGCAUUUCCUGAAGUGUCUUGGAUGAGACUAUAAACACAUCGAGUGGUAAUCGGCCCAUUCGGUGGCCUGGGUCGCAUGUGUUAAGGGGCCAUCAAAGGAAUUAGUGUUUGCCGAUGUCCUGUGCAUGAUGAGGUACACAAGAAGCACUAAUGGCAGCCGGGGAGACAUGUACAUGUGUGGAGAUAUAUUUACACUAAGAUUGGAAAGCUAACCGGCGAGCUACUGUAUAUGAUUACUCAAAGUAAGUGUGUUCACGUAGAAAGUUUGAAGCAAUCUGUCAGAACAGGUGAUGCAAGCCUUUAAGUAAUCUGGUCUCUGCAGAUGAGUUCAAGCUUUGUAGGAGACAAACAUAUGCAUAUCCUUCUCCCUGAUGACUCUUGCUGUGAAUGUGAUGAGCAUUCAGCUUCACUCUUUCUCCUGAAGAAGAACAGAGCACACUGUUCGAAACGUCGAGUGAACCCCGGUUCUUUUCAGAACCACACACACUCAAAGAGAGAAUUUGA